AGUUGUCUGUGCGGCUGGGGAAGGUACAGAAGCGACGGCGGCCUCAGGAGCUGUGGGGUCCCCUGCUGGAGGCGGGGGACUCAGCUGGGGAGUGGUUUAAUACGUCACUAUUGAACAAAUAUGUGAAAAUUCCUGCCAGCGAGUGACAAUUUCUUCCUUUGGACAUUUUUUGUUCUUCUUACUGCACAACUGUUUUAGAAAUCCCUUUUUUGGUGCCAUGUUCGGUGGCGUACAUCAAAAGAGGAGUUCGUCUUCAUGAAGAUUCCUAACAUUGGUAAUGUGAUGAAUAAAUUUGAGAUUCUUGGGGUUGUAGGUGAAGGAGCCUACGGAGUUGUACUUAAAUGCAGACACAAGGAAACGCAUGAAAUUGUGGCAAUCAAGAAAUUCAAGGACAGCGAAGAAAAUGAAGAAGUCAAAGAAACGACUUUACGAGAGCUUAAAAUGCUUCGGACUCUCAAGCAAGAAAACAUCGUGGAGCUGAAGGAAGCCUUUCGUAGGAGAGGGAAAUUAUACUUGGUGUUUGAGUAUGUCGAAAAAAAUAUGCUUGAAUUGCUGGAAGAAAUGCCAAAUGGAGUUCCACCUGAAAAAGUAAAAAGCUACAUCUAUCAAUUAAUCAAAGCGAUACACUGGUGUCAUAAGAACGAUAUUGUCCAUAGAGAUAUAAAACCAGAAAAUCUCUUAAUCAGCCACAACGAUGUUCUGAAACUAUGUGACUUUGGGUUUGCUCGGAAUCUAUCAGAGGGCAAUAAUGCUAAUUACACAGAGUAUGUGGCCACCAGAUGGUAUCGUUCACCAGAACUCUUACUUGGAGCUCCUUAUGGAAAGUCUGUGGACAUGUGGUCAGUGGGCUGUAUUCUUGGGGAGCUUAGCGAUGGACAGCCUUUAUUUCCUGGAGAAAGUGAAAUUGACCAACUUUUUACUAUUCAGAAGGUGCUAGGACCACUUCCGUCUGAGCAGAUGAAGCUCUUCUAUAGUAAUCCUCGUUUCCACGGGCUUCGGUUUCCAGCUGUUAACCAUCCUCAGUCAUUGGAGAGAAGAUAUCUUGGAAUUUUAAAUAGUAUUCUGCUUGACCUUAUGAAGAAUUUACUGAAAUUGGACCCAGCUGACAGAUAUUUGACAGAACAGUGUUUGAAUCACCCUACAUUUCAAACCCAGAGACUUCUGGAUCGUUCCCCUUCAAGGUCAACAAAAAGAAAACCUUAUCAUGUGGAAAGCAGCACCUUGUCUAAUAGAAACCAAGCCAGCAAAGGUGCCGCUUUGCAGUCUCACCACAGAUCUAAUAGCAAAGACAUCCAGAACCUGAGCGUGGGCCUGCCCAGGGCUGAUGAAGGUCUCCCUGCCAAUGAAAGCUUCCUAAAUGGAAACCUUGCCGGAGCUACCCUUAGCCCGAUGCAUACCAAAACGUACCAAGCGGGCACCCAGCCUGGGCCUACCAGCAAAGAUCUCACCAACAAUAACUUGCCACACCUUCUCAGCCCAAAAGAAGCCAAGUCAAAGACAGAGUUUGAUUUUAAUAUCGACACAAAGCCUUCGGAAGGCCCAGGCACGAAGUACCUCAAGUCAAGCAGCAGAUCUCAGCAGAACCGACAUUCAUUUAUGGAAAGCUCUCAGAGCAAAGCUGGGACACUACAGCCGACUGAAAAGCAGAGCCGGCAUAGCUAUAUCGACACUAUCCCCCAGUCUUCUAGGAGUCCCUCCUACAGGACCAAGGCCAAAAGCCACGGGGCACUGAGUGACUCCAAGUCCGUGAGCAACCUUUCCGAAGCCAGAGCCCAAAUCACAGAGUCCAACACCAGUAGGUACUUCCCAUCGAGCUGCUUGGACUUGAACUCUCCCACCAGCCCAACUCCUACCAGGCACAGCGACACGAGAACUUUGCUCAGCCCUUCAGGGAGAAAUAACCGGAAUGAGGGUACUCUGGACUCACGACGAACUACAACCAGGCAUUCUAAAACGAUGGAGGAGUUGAAGCUGCCCGAACACAUAGACAGCAGCCACUCCCAUUCACUGUCUACACCUCAUGAAUCCUUUUCUUAUGGACUAGGCUAUACCAGCCCCUUCUCUUCUCAGCAGCGUCCUCACAGGCAUUCCAUGUAUGUGACUCGGGACAAAGUGAGAGCCAAAGGCUUGGAUGGAAGCUUGAGCAUAGGGCAAGGGAUGGCAGCCAGAGCCAACAGCUUGCAACUCUUAUCACCCCAGCCUGGAGAACAACUCCCUCCAGAGAUGACUGUGGCGAGAUCAUCUGUCAAAGAGUCCUCUAGAGAUGGCACCUCCUCUUUCCACACUCGUCAGAAGACCGAGGGUGGAGUGUAUCAUGACCCACAUUCUGAUGAUGGCACAGCCCCCAAAGAAAAUAGACAUCUGUACAAUGAUCCUGUUCCAAGGAGAGUUGGUAGCUUUUAUAGAGUGCCAUCUCCACGUCCAGACAAUUCUUUUCAUGAAAAUAAUGUGUCAUCCAGAGUUUCCUCCCUACCAUCAGAGAGCAGUUCUGGAACCAACCACUCUAAAAGACAACCAGCAUUCGAUCCAUGGAAAAGUCCUGAAAAUAUUAGUCAUUCUGAACAACUCAAGGAGAAGGAGAAACAAGGUUUUUUCAGAUCCAUGAAAAAGAAAAAAAAGAAAUCUCAAACAGUGCCAAAUUCUGAUGGCCCCGAUCUUCUGACAUUGCAGAAAGCCAUUCACACUGCUAGCACUCCGAGCAGCAGACCAAAAGAGUGGCGUCCUGAGAAAAUCUCAGAUCUACAGACCCAAAGCCAGCCGUUAAAAUCACUGCGCAAGCUGUUACAUCUCCCUACAGCCUCAAAUCACCCGACUUCCUCAGAUCCCCGCUUCCAGCCCUUAACAGCUCAACAAGCCAAAAAUACCUUCUCAGAAAUUCGGAUUCACCCCCUGAGCCAAGCCUCUGGCGGGAGCACCAACAUCCGGCCGGAGCCCGCACCAAAAGGCCGGCCACCCCUCCCGCUGCCAGGUCAGAUGGAUCCUGGUUGGCACGUGUCCUCUGUGGCCAGGAGUGCCACAGAGGGACCUUCCUACUCUGAACAGCUGGGUGCCAAAACCGGGCCGAAUGGGCACCCCUAUAACAGAACAAAUCGCUCACGAAUGCCAAAUCUGAACGAUUUAAAAGAGACAGCCUUGUAAUUUGUGCUGGUGGGGGGGGAUGGGGCGAAGGGGGGUGGGCAAGACAGUCGGGAGGGGAGGGGUGGGGUGGGCUGGGGAAUGGGCUGGGCCAGGGUGGUAAGCCAGUAUUUUCAGCUUUAUGAAGGUGUGUGCAAUACUGUAUGUGGGGGCCUUUGGGCUCCUCACAGCACAAAUGCUAGUCAGGGAUCUUAGAGCCACAGGAGUUUCUUAGGGAUCACCACUCCCCACAGGCCUUGUGUGAGAAUGGAUAGAGUGUGCCAUUGAGAAAGAUGAAAUUCUUGCCAGUUUCUCCCCCGUACACUCCAGCUUUAGUGCAAUCUCUUUUGAACUUGGGAAAACCAGGACGUGUCCUGGCACUGCAAGGGAUAGAAAAGUCCGUGUUGACCAAUGCCCUUACCACAUAUUUUUUUCUGCCUAGACUAAAUGUGGGGUUUAUUGCAAUCCAAGAGUAUCCCUUUGAAGGGUUAGCAGAUGAACUGUAUGUCUUAAAUUGUUUUCUAAACUUCCAUAUUUGAUAGGAUUUGUAACAUUUAUUUAUAAUUAAUAUUGUACUGUUAUAAUCAUACCUUUUAUGUUAUAAUGUAAAGUUAUUUUGAGCUGUUUGAAACAUUGUGAAGCAGUGGGACAGCUACAGUAGUUUCUAUAAAAACUAAACAGUAACAUUUAUAUAUUGCAUCAGGAGUAUUUUAUUCUAUAUAUAAAUAUAUAUAUAUGGUAAAUAUCUGUCUGUUUUAUAAAUAUAUUCAUUUAAAGAAAGUAUCGUUAUGACACUAUCUGCCAUAUUUUUAUACAUUUGUGAUAUGAAGUGAGUAUUAUACUUCUAAUAAAGGGAGUUGAAUUGUGGCUACAUGUGACUGUAACAGUAUGAACCUUGCUCAACAUUUAGGCCCCAGCAGUAGCCUCUAGACAUGAUCCUUGGUAGCAGACGAGAUGCAGCAUCUCUUUCCAAACCUGCAGGGGAAGAAGGUUGGAUAGGCCAGUGAGAGUUCCAGCAGGCCUUGUUUCCAUCCUUCUGUACUUGGCUCCUGUUUGUGUCCACAGCCGUUACUUGCACUUGAGGGGAGAAUAGAUUGAGGCAUCGCUCAUGGGUCUUUGUAGAGAGAAAGUGCUCUUCCACUUAGCAUUAGUGUAGAGCGUAGACCAAAGAUUUGCCAGUGAACAUUCCUUGCAAAGUUGUAAGAGGCACCUGUUUGCAGAUUUUGCAAACCAGCUCUAUGCUCCUGAAUACUGUCCACUGUCCUAGAGACACUGGCUGGUGGGGUGUGAGAUACAUGUGUGGCAUUUCUAUUUCUAAAUGCUUUUUAUGUUAUUUGCUCUUUCCAAUGUUAUAUUUAAAAGGCUCCUGGAACAACUCCAGAUGUAGAGAAAAUUGCUCUAUCCAUUUUUUUCUUCCUGGGACCGUCUGUUUAUAACAAGGUUAUCAUUCACACCUGUAAAUAUACAUACACACCCAUUAGAACAGGACCUAUCUUUCCCUCAUUUGAUCUCUUUCAACUCCCAAGUUACUCCCAAGUAUCAUCAAGGCCUUUCCCCAGCAAGUGUUAUACCCUGGAGCCUCUGGGCCAUCCUUGACAGAAGCACCUCCAUGCCAUCAUCUAUCAGUAGUAUUAGAUUUUUGGAAGUAGUCUUUUAGCAAUAAUACUUUUCAAGGUCCCUCCCACACCUCAAAGAGGUAACUUCUCGAUAUUUCUUACUUGUCCCAGAAUUCUGAGAGUGUCAGUCCCUGAAUCAAGUCAGCUAUAUUGAAAUGUGCUGAGUUACUGUUAACCCUUCCCCAAGAUUUUGAGAAUCAUAGCUCUCAUGAUUAUGAAGAUUAUAAAGAAAAAGGUCCUAGUCUCUUUGAAGCUUAAAUUGUGCACAUAUUACAUUUUUAUAUAAAUACUAUAAUGAUGUAUAUUGAUUAUAUAUAGAGGUCAUUUUAAGGUGCUUUUUAUUUAAUUUUAAUAAGUGUAAUAGGCACUAAAAUGAAACUCAACUGGGUACUAUAGAAACAAUUUGAUUCAAAUCAAUAGUUUUGCAUGCUCUUUAAUUCUCUAUCUUGUUUCUCUCACCAGUUAGUACUGCUUGGGUAGCUCUGAAUUCUGGCUUUUCCCAGGCAGCUGCUUGGUAAUACAAGUGAGGUAGACCCUCAGCAGUUUUUGCCUGGAUACUAAUGACUAAAAAGGUGUAUAUUUAACUCUUCUUUUUCGUACUGGAUCUGUACCUUGUAUUCCCCCUUGCAAACCAGAAACUACAUUUUUUUCCUCUGGAAAGACUUCUCACUGUGCUGUGCGCUUAGGAACUGCGCAGUCCCAUUGCCGCUUUGGCAGUUGAGGCUCGUCGUCACCUAGGGGCUGGUUUCCCAGGUUGCCAUCCUUGCUAACACUGGGAUCUCAGAUAUUUGCAGAAAAUUUUUAUUCAUGAUGGUUCUUCAAAGAAGGGCUAGAAUAAUUGCCUUCUACCUAGAGCAAAGUAAACCUAACUGAUGAAGAGUCAACACGUACUUUUGUACAUUCCCAGAUUUGAGCCAGAAAAUAUCUACAAAUAUCUACAAUGUUUUCAACUAGUGUUUUUGAGGUAGCUCUUUUAUCCUCUUCUUAGCUUUUGUCUGUUCUGACUUUUCACUGAUCCUCAGUACGUUGUAAGUGAACUACAAUCUGCAUUUCUAGCAUGUAAAUUCUCUUCCCGCUCACGGAGGGGAAUGGUGAAGUUUUUCUCUUAGAUCUAAUGGGCCCUCUCUUAGCUUUUAACUGUCGUUUCCCCCUCUGCUUGAUGAAGAAUUGUUGACCUCACCAAAAUUACCAUCCAUGAUAGGAAAGACUUGUUGUAAAGUCAUACAAAUUUGCAUUUUCUUUAGGAAGGGGAAUCUAUGACAUCCAUGUUCUGUUAUCUUCCCUAACUUCCUAAAGGAUAAAAAGUUGAAUGAAAGUUUAUAAGUUACUUUGUUUUAUGAAAGUAUUACUGGUCUCUUUUUGAAAAGGAACUCUGCUUCGCUGUUUUUCUACUUCUUUGCCAUCCUUGUUUUUCUUCUCUAAAGGUUCUUAAUGAACUCUAAUUGAACCUUCUUUGGUCUUGCUCUGAAGUUUAAUCUCUCUCCAGAGCCCAAGUCCAAAAGGGAGUGCUCCCUGCUAAGAGGCUCAAGUGAGCUGACUCAACUGCAGUGGUUCUCAACUAAGGGCAAAUUUGCCUCCUAGAGCAUACUUGGCAAUGUCUGGGGACAUUUGAUUGUCACACAGGUGUGGGAGGGGGUGGUAGUGUGCUGCUGGCAUCUAAUGUGUAGAGGCCAGGGAUGCCACUAAAUGUCUUACAAUUCACAGGACAGCCCCCAACACAAAGAGUGAUCUAGCCCCAAACAUCACUAGUGCUGAAAUUGAGAAGCCCUGCCCUACACCAUCCCAAGCCCACCAGUCUGCAGAGCGUGGCUCUGGGCCUAUUCUUUCUAGGCCACAGAACUGCAGGUAUGAAUUCUUCAACAUCACAUUCUCUUAAAGAAUCUUUGACCACUAUCUUUGAAUCCUUAGAAUCGUAUUGUUCAUUUCCAUUGUCUUGGGCCUGCUAAAAGGUGCAUACUUUGGGAGGAGACUAGAGUUACUUUAUAGGUGUUUGAGAACUUAAAUUCUAGCUUAGCAUUCUUAGAAAAUCUUUCAUAGAGCCAUGAGGCUUAUAUUUAGAAGCAAGCAACAGCCUGGCAGAUUGGCAUGAUUUUUACCAACUGCUCAAAGGCAUCCAUGGCUUUUAGCUGUGUCUCCUGAAAGAAAAUGUCUUUGUUUUUUAUUCAAGUCAUUUAAUAGCUCUUUACAAAUAUUAGCAUAUGGCAGACCGAUUAGAAGCAAAAAACUCUUUAUUGGUGGUUGUGAUGUGACUGUUAUAGAAGUAUUUGUGCUGUGUGCUUUGGUUAAACCUGUUUUAAAACAUGCUUUAAGAGUCACCAUAUGCAGUUGUACUUUAAUUGUAAGCUCAGAGCUAUGCUGGUCAGUCUCUAGUCACGCCGUGUAUUAUAAAGUAUGUUGUGGUUGUAGAGUUAGCCAGUUUAGCAUGUUCUAAUCUGAAAAUUAGUGGACUAUACUAGGAAACGCUAUCCCAUUUUCCCUUCCCAGCACCUCUUAGUUAAUAUCAUAGUAUCCUCACUUCUUAAACUAGUUUGUAGAGUAAGGAAAAAAGCCAUUUAUUUUCUUCUAGCCAUGUAUUAAAAAUGACUCAUAAGUGUACAACUUUUUUUCAAAGGCCAGAGGAUUACUUUUCACAUGUGUGGAAGGAUCUGUCCAUUUCUCUUCACCUAGUUCCUGGUGGUGACUGAACUCUUUCAGCAAGGGCAAUAGUUCCUUAUGAUUCAUUGCUAAAGGUCAGCGGGGAACUCAGUCAAUCUGCAAACGUUCUCCGGGUCAGAACAUGCUUUCUAGAGAGCAUCCCUUUUAUAUCUAAAGGUUCGUUACCUCCUUCAUUGUGGUGGGAUCUUGAGUUCCAUGUGGGUACUAUAUCCACAGAUUCAUACUUCUGUGACCUGGGAGUGUGGCAUGAUACACUGAACCGAGUCAGGAAAGAGUGGAUUAUUUCCUUGCCUCCUUCAGUUCAUCACUAAUGUGUAGGCAGAGAAAACUUAUUUAUGGUUUAAAAACUAAUAAUUCUGGUUUCUUUGAAAGGGGCUGCAGAAAAGACAGUACAAAUGUUAUAAGGGUCCUGUCGCUAAUCCCCAGAGCCAGAAUCUCACAAGAAGAUCCUCUCGGACUUAAAAGACUGGCUUACAAAAGAAAAAAAACAAGUUUGUAAGCGGUUAUGAUUUCUUCCUUUUACUUCUUGACCAGCUGAGAUACAGAAUAUUUGGAGGUCUGGUUCAGCUGAUCAAAAAAUUCUGUCUUAGAAACCAUGAGUAAGAAACCAUGUAAGCAAAUGAAGUCCCUCAUCUGUCUACUUGCACACAGUAUGGGAGAAGUGAGGUGGCUAGGGAACUCUGGGCCUGCUGCCCCAUUCAGUUCUUUUUUUCUUAUUUAAUUGAAUGUACUGUAGAAGAUGGUAGACUUUUAUGUGAGCCAGUUACUCCGCGAAUCUUCGUUGCCCACAGUGGUUUGUUAAUUCAGCAGCAUUAGGCCCGGUCCUGACUCUACCUUUCUCCUUUCCAGGCUCUGGCCCCACCUUUCUGUGUAUUUACUGUAGGUUAUUAAAUAUGAUCAUGACCUGCCUUGCAUUUUCAUUCAUCAAGUGUUUACUCCCAGAUUUAAGGGAGGUUUGUCUCGUUUUGCCAGAAAAAAAUUGUAAUAGUCUGCACGCUGGAUGUGUAGGGCCCCCCAAACUUUGGCAGUGAAAUUGGUUUCACUUCUGAGGCCCUUCAUUUCCCAUGAGGUUAAGCUCUCUGAACCCCAUUUAAUCCUUGGGUCUAUUUUGAUCCUCCUUUGGAAUCUGAAAAUCGGUCUCCUGUUGUAUGCAGAUUAGAAGUUGCCUUGUUUGCUACUCUUCCAACUCAGAGUAUCAGGGAGAAAGAGGCCUUAUCUGUUCCUCCAUCCCCUCUGUUUUGACAGACUGCUAAGAAUUCCUCAGGACUUCCUUUGGUUUGGGGAUAUUACUUUCCCAAAAGACUGAUAAGAUUUAUUUCAGGCAUAGACAAACUUGUCCUAGUGCUCUGCUUCAGGUCUAAUCAGAAGAAACCCAGGAAUAGAAAAGGAAGAUGCCUUGACUUUUUGUCCCUGUUGGGGAUUAAAGUUUUUAUUGUCAGAGUUGUCAAAAACUCCAGUUCAAACUAUGUAGAGUUGCACGGGGAAAAAAUCAACAAAACACAAUGCUUUUCCUCCUGGAGAAUUUCUAAGUUCUCCACUAUGGCUUUAGAUUUUUCCCAAAUGGAAAACAAAGCUUGCAGAAAACCCUUUUCACUAGAAAUAUACUGCUGAGUCUAGUCAUCAGUCUAUUUCCCUCUCCUUGUUACUCUUGGUCAUCGAUUGAGUCAGGCUAGAGGGGUAAUGCGGUGAUUGAAAGAAGUAAAUUCUCACCGCAAACUUGGAUUAAUUCACAGAAACAAUCCAACCCAACAAAAUUGUUGCCCCAAAUUUCUAUCUCCAAGAAUUGCUUUGUGCCAUUGUGAAUUCAGGUAGUUAUUCUGUAUAUACUUAGACAACUAUUCAGAGCUUCUUCAAUCUCUAGUAAGUUUGAAGGUGGUAUCUGGAAAGACACAGGGCAGGGUGACAUUGAGACCCUGUUCAUUCUUAAAAACAAAAAUAGGGAUAAGCCAGAAUGAUGUGACAUCCAGUAUGUGGUAGAUGAAGAAUCAGUGGAAAUUCUUAGUUGCACAGACUUUAUAAUCCAUUAUGUAAAGUGUAAUUCCAUACUUUUUACUGUGGCAAGGGUGUGACGUGGUUGUUAAUCUUUUUAAUUUUUGAAUCCAAACUGAAUUUAAAGUGUUGAAUACUUAAAUCCUCUCAAGUGAAUUAUGAACCAUUUGUAAAGUGUUUCUAUAACUCUUUGUAUCAUGUGUUGGUACAUCUUAUCAAGUUUUUUCUGGCAUGUAUUCCAUUCUAAACUUCUGUAAUAUUUCUAUUGUUGCUGUAAAUAUUACACAAAUAUCUACUCCGUGGUAACCUUCAUUAUCAGCAUGGAAUGGUUAAUUUUUACUGAGCACAAUGUAUUUUUGAAUGAAUCUUCCCAAAUGUCUUUAAUAAAAUGCAGAUUUUGCACUGACCGAUGUGACUGCCAGGCCAUCCCGAUCUUGAGCACUGUGGUCCUUCCUGUUGGAACAGCAAACAGCUCCAUUUUAGUUUCUUCUUUGGAAGAAAGAAUAUGUUGGAAUUCAAAUGAGGGAUAAUGGGCCUUUGAAGUUGUAAUCAGCUUAAGGGACAUUAAUGUAAAGCAAGACAAAUUCUGUAACUUAAUGAUGUUGAUAAUGUGUUUUUCUAUUUAUAAAGCUUUUUGCCCCUUA